UCUUUUAGAGUGUCUGGGCAAAUCUCUUCAACUGUCCCAUCUCACAUGCAAGCUGUGAGUGACCGGGUGACAGAUGAGAAGAAGCUGGUAGACUUCAUUGUAGAAGCACAAGGCUCCCAGCAGCAUUUGUCGAGGAUACUCCGUGGUAAUGAGCCUUCUAAGUGGCUGGAUAGAUUCCAGGAAAAGUCAUCUUUCCGAGUGCCUGUGUACCUGGAGUCUGACGAACAACAGGAUGCCCUUUUCUCAUAUCUUGAGAGAUUUGAGAACUGUACAAACAGCAUUCCCUAUUAGAGAUCGUGUGCAGUUCAUUCUGGAUGUCUUAUUCCCUGAGUCCAUCAUCCAUGCCCUGGCUGCUCUACAAGGUGUAUCAGGACAGGAGGCAGAAGAUUUAUUUCUUGGUGGCCCAGAAUACAGUGUCGGUGAAGUGGAAGAAUUUAAUCGAAAGAUAGGGCAGCAAUUAAAGAAGGAGGGAAUGCUGUGAUAUCUGUUGGAAUAGAAGAUGAUGCUACUGCCCAGUGCUUCCAGAAUCCUUCAUUUGAGUCUUGGGUCUGAAUCUACUGCGUCAUUGCCAAGUAUUCUGGGGUAAUGUAUCUUGUUUUGUUUACAUUUUGUUUUUCUCCAUAUUCCAAGCUCAUUUACUUGACCUUAGCUUUAAUAAACUGGAUGGCUGUCUCCUUCACAAUUGAUUUGAAAGUACUUUACUAUUCAUUACAUAAAAGCUCUGAACAAUUUAGUCCCUUCCUGUAUUUGGUACUGUCUCUCCCCCAACACUCCUCAUUUUAAUCUUUAAUCCACAACCAAUAUUGCCAACUAAUUUGCUUAUGAAAGGACUGGUGAAGCAGCUUGCACAUGUAUACCAAAAAUAUAGAAUGCCAGCUAUAAAUGAAAAACCUAUCAAAAUACUUUUAAAACACCAUUUUUAAACUUCACCUCUGUUUAAUUCCCACUUCUAUCAGUUGUAAUGGUUUAUGACUUGAACUGCAUACACUUUGAAAGAUUUACACUAGAUAAUAACCAUUGUUUUUUUGCUUUUUUUUUGUCUGGUGAUGCCCUUUGCCAUGCACCCUGGUCAAGUCUUGUGCAACUGUCUGUGGUGCUGAAGAGAGAAGAUUUCUGAAGACCCCCUUGAAAUGGAGUGGCAUCUGGAUUAACACUACAACAAUAUGCUUGCUAAGAAUGUCCACAGGGGCCUGGGGAGUCUGUGACCUUCUCUGACCAACUAGACCUUUUGUGUUCUUCAACAGGGCCAUCUGACCAUCAGAUGUAUAUAAUUUUCCUCUUGUGUACUUUUUGUGUAUAUGUAUUUUCGCAGUUUCAUAAAGUUAUAUGUAUUUGUUAAGCAGUUUGGACUUUAUUAGUAUUAAAAUGUUACAGAAGUUAUUUGUGGAAUAAUUUUAAUGAUCAAAAUAGCAAAAAAUGUAACUUUAAAUUUUCUGUGCUCUGGGUAAAAUGUUAAAUCUGUGGUGAUUUUUUUUUUUUUUUACAUUUGACAAAUUUUUUUUUUAGGUGCAUUGUUCUCACAUUGUUCACUUUUGUUCUCAUAACAUUUAUUCAAUAAAAUUUGCAUGAAAAGUGUA